GUUUGUGUUUUUGUGCCUCUACGACGGUGAUUGGUUGCCUCUCUCAUUGCGUCAUGGCUUUUUGUGACGUCCCGAAAGUGGAAAGUGAGGAGGGGGGUGUUUGGCAUUUCCAUAAGGUUUAUAUGAAAAACUCAAAAGAGAAAAUUAUUAGAACAUUAUUUAUAGCAACGCUUAAAAUAAAAUAAAACACAGGCUAAUUAAAUUGGCAUUUUAAUUUUGAUAUCGUCAAUUAAAAAAACAAAAGUUUUUCACUUCCCCCUUUUUUGGACAUGGUUCAUUCCUUCCUCGUUCGAACCUUGAAGCGGGAGGAACUAGCUUGUUUUUUCUUGAUAACUUAAGGCAGAAAAGUGAAGCGGGUGAACCGCUUUAAAUAAAAUAAAUACGGGCAACAUUUUUUAAUCGAAUCACAACAAGAAAGCUGUUUGUUUCGUGACUGUAUGUCGUUGAGCUAAACUAGCUAGCGGGCGUUAGCACCUGAGGGUUCAUCACAGUCCCCCAGGAGGAUGGACACAUCGACGUGUUUGAAGUCUCUGCUGCUGGCUAUCCAGCAGUACAGGGACUGCAGGACGGCGCAGCAAGCAGCGCAGCUUCAGAAACAGGUGGAGGAGGUUUGGGGCUUGAAAUGCGAGCAGCUGCUGACAUCUGGCAGCGCUCUGACCAGCGAGUGUGUGAGCAUGUUGGUGGAGCUGACUGCAGACCCGCACACUGAGCCCAGCCUGAAGAGCUCCAUCAUCUCUCUGCUGGCACAGUUAGCCUCUGACGACUCCACCCGGGAGCUUCUUCACAGCAGCUACAACCUCACCAGCACCCUGGCUGCUGUCAUCCACUGCUACAGCAGCACUCCAGGAGAGCCGCUGGUGCUGCAGUGUCUGCAGGUGCUGCAGAAGCUGACCUACAACACUCGCGUCUUCCAGUCCACCAGCUGCAUUCAUCAGCUCCUGGAGUUCCUCAUGACCAGCGUCCAGUCGCUCAGUGAUGACAUCAUCCUGCCGUGCCUCGGCCUCUUGGCCAACCUCUGUCGGGACAACCCCUCUGUUCAGACUCACAUCAAGUCUCUGGACAACGUGAAGCCGUUCUACCGGACGCUGAUCAACUUCCUGGCUCACAACAGCCUGACGGUGGUGGUGUUCACGCUGUCUAUUCUGGCCAGCCUCACUCUGAACGAGAAGGUGGGGGAGAAGCUCUUUGAUGCCAAAAACAUCCACCAGACGUUCCAGCUCGUGUUCAACAUCAUCGUAAACGGCGACGGGACUUUAACCAGGAAGUACGCCGUUGACCUUUUGGUCGACCUGCUGAAGAACCCCAAAAUAGCAGAGCACCUGACGAGAUAUCAGCACUUCUCAGCGUGUGUGACUCAAGUUUUAGGGCUUCUGCAUUCCAAAGAUGCUGACUCAGCAGCUAAGGUGCUGGAGCUCGUCCUGGCCAUGUGCUGCGUCUCCGGCCUGCGCUCGCAGCUGUGUGACGUGGUCUUCAGGCCUGCUGCACCCAAACUCAGAGCUGCGGGCCGAAGGCAGGGCGGGGGCCUGGACGGGGGUCCAAGGACAGAGUGCGGGCUGGCUCUGGUGCAGUGGCUGACCUCGCCUGUGGAGGGCGCCGAGUCAUGCUCACUGCAGGUCCUGCGCCUGCUGAACAAGCUGCUGGAGGAGUCGUUUGCAGCAGAGGUCGUGUCUGAAUGCACUCUGAGUUUUGUGGAAAUGCUCCUCCCGGUCCUGCUGGGGUUUCUGAAGGCGUUGGAUCCCACACGAGGAGAAGCAGUUUUGAGGAAGCACUGCCAGCGUGUCACACAUGUCACCAACCUGCUGCUGACUCUGUGCUUGGAGGAGUCCUGCAGGUCCGUGGUGUCGGCUCAGGUCAGUGCCCAGCUCUGCCUGGCACAGGUAGAGACUCUCCUCUCCUGUUGUCAUAGCAACAGCUCAGUGACCCUGCAUCCCCCCCAAUGUGAGGAUGACCUUAGUCAGGUCUGUGCAGACGCUUUGCUGAAGACUCUGGAGUUGAUGAGCAAGCUGAGGCAGCAGGUGAAGGACAUGGAGACCAGCUUCUACAGGAUGUUACAGGAUCAGAGGGUUGUGACUCCUCUUUCUCUGGCCCUGACAUCCCACCACAGAGAGCAUGUGCAGACCGCUCUCGCGCUGCUCCUCGAGGCCACGCCCCUUCCAGACUUCCCCUCACUGAUGUUAGGAGAAAGCAUCGCUGCCCAUAAUGCAUAUCGCCACAGGGAGGCUGAGCUGUCAGUCAAGAGGCUUGCAGUGCAGGAAGUCCCGCCUCCUAGGGUGAACAGCAGCAUGGACUCGUCCAGCUCCUCCAGGACUGUUAGCAGUCUGGCGGAGAAGAUCCAGAGUGGGCUGGAGCUGCAGGAGCAAACGAAGGACUCGCACGUGUCGGACAUCAUUGAGGUCUAUGAGCAGAAGCUGGCCGCGUUUGAGUCUAAGGAGAGCCGUCUGCAGGACUUGCUGGAGGCCAAAGCUCUGGCGCUGUCUCAGGCCGACCGUCUCAUCGCUCAGUACCGCCUCCAGCGAGCUCAAGCUGAGGCAGAGGCUUGGAAGCUGGCGAGUCUGUUGAAGGACGCCGAGCGCCGGCGGGAGGAUCUGCAGGGCAAGCUGAGCUGCCAGGUUCUGGAGGUGGAGCGGUCCAAAGCCGACAUGGGGGAGCUGCUGCAGCACAACAGCCGGCUGCAGAGGGACUCUGAGGAACACCAGGCGCUGAAAGGAGCCUACAACGCCCUGCUCAACAGGUUUAAUGAAACAGAGCGGUUGCUAAAGGAGCUGCAGACAGCUCACGUUCUUCUCACCAAGCAGAGCGACACUCUGAAGAAGACCCACGAUGCUCUCCAGCUGCAGCACCACAGGACGAUGUCGGUUCUUCAGGAGAGAGAAGGGGAUAUCAAAGAUCUAACUUUAGAGAUCCAGAAGAGAAACAGCGACAUUGCAGGGCUGCGUGUCAGCCUGCAGGCUGAGGAGGAGAAGGUUAAAGAAAAGGAAACAGAGAGAAGGAACCUGGAGGAGACUUUGGACAUUGUGAGGAAAGAACUGAACAAGACGGAGCAGGCCAGGAAAGACGUCAGCAUCAAGGCGUCCUCUCUGGAGCUGCAGAAGAGCCAACUGGAGUCAAAACUGAAGCUGAAAGAAGAGGAGUUGAACAAACACUCGGCCAUGAUCGCCAUGAUUCACAGCCUGAGCAGCGGCAAGAUGAAGAGCGACGUUAACCUGUCGCUCUGAGGAGCAGAGCACUGGCAAAGAAAAUCCUAACUUAAAGCCUGUCUUCCAUGAACUUCAGAGGCCUUUGAGAAGACUUUUUCAAAGCUAAUGAAGCUUUUUAGACUCAAUAAAACACUUCAAGAAUUACUUCAACCGAAAACUGUUAUUUUAUUUGCAUUUUGACUAUUUUUGUUACUUUGUUUUGUUUGAUAAAUAAAUAGUGGAAACAAAUAUAACUAA